CGAUUUCAAACUUCGAUAUAUCAAACAUGUCUACCUUCGCUUUUGUGUUCCUCUGCAUCCAAGCUUGCUUGGUCCAGAAUGUGUUCAGUCAGUGCACCAGCCCCGCAGCUGUUGUUGACGCUCCCUUCGGUCUAGCCGCACCUGGUUUAGCUGCUCGUGGUUUGGCGGGUCCUUAUGGUUGGGCUGCUCCCGGCCUGGCUGCCAACGGCCUCAUUGCUCCCGGUCUUGCUGUUCCUGAUAUGAUUACUCCUGGCAUUGCCGCUCCCUUCGGUCUGGCUUCUCCUUUAGCUUAUGAAGGUCUAGCCUACCCUGGUGCUGCUCCUUACGGCGGUGCUGGUGAAGGCAACGUGGCGGUCGCUGGUGAGCUGCCAGUCGCUGGUACUACCGCCGUCGGUGGUCAGGUCCCCAUCAUGGGCGCUGUGAGCUUCGGUGGUGCUAUCCCAGCUGCUGGUGCAGUGUCUAUUAAUGGACAGUGUGCCUGUGGUUGUGGAUCUCCUUACUAUUAUUGAAGGAGUUAGAAUUUGAAUAUUUUAAACAAAUUACAGCUUUAAACAAGA